CUCCCUUUAAUUGAAAAUAAAACCUCAAAUCCCAUUCUCAUUUUCAAUUUACUUUACUUUCAUUUCUCAUUUCUCAUUCUUCUUGUUCUAUUAUACUUUGUCAAUCUCUCUCACUAUGGCUUCAAGACUAGCUUUGUUGUUGUUUGCGUUUGUUCUUCCAGCUAUGGUUUCAGCCAUCCGCCCAGCCAAGAACCCUCUCUGCUUGAAAGGUCGUGUCGUGUGUGACCUUUGCCGUACUGGUUAUGAAACCUCCGCCAUAACUCACAUUGCUGGUGCUGAGAUUGCCUUGGAAUGCAAGGAUAGGAUCACCAACAAAGUAGUGUACUCACAGCCAGGAAAGACUGACUCAUCUGGAGAAUAUACCAUGUACAUUGACCAGGAUCGUGCAGACAAUGUGUGUGAUGUGAAGCUCGUAAGCAGUCCUCAGAAUAGUUGUAGCGAAGCUACACCAGGGCGCGACCAAGCACGCGUUAUUCUCACCCGUUACAAUGGGAUUUCAUCUAAUGACAGGUUUGCCAAUGCUAUGUUGUUCAUGGCAAAUGAAGUUGCUUCUGGCUGUGCUGAGAUACUCCAGAAAAUGCAUGAGUUGGAUGAUGAUGAGAAUUAAGUCCUAGUUUAUUUACUUGGAUUUGGGUUUUAUCAUGUUUAUUUUAUUCAAUCUUGAUGAGUGUUAACUCAACAGUCAGUUUAUUAUAUGCGUAUGUAUUGAUUUGGACAAUGCUGAAUUAUAUUAUUCUUAUCUGUCUUGUUGUAGAA